AUGGGAUCCUUAGAAGGUCAUGUCGUUCCCGGAUCAAUGUUCAUAAUUUUAUCCGUGUGGUGGUUUAUCGGUGAAGUCUUGCAGGACCGCUUAGGAAAUGGCAUCGCUGCUCGAGCAAAACCUGAACCUGGGAAACGUCAGUCAAAACUGAUCCAUCCGUUAUGGUAUCCAUGUCUCGGGCAUGGGAAACUUUCAAAAUUCCCCGUGGAGCCUGUAAUAAAAGUAGUUUUCGCCAUCCUUGGUGUAAUAGCCGAGCUUCCAGCCUCCAAAGCAACAGCCUUAUUUGACGAGAAGGGAGAAUUUGUACCCAGUCAUGUGGAUAAUUAUGCGCACACCGCUAUGUACUCCUUCUUUGGUCUGACUGGCGUCGUUGACCUUGUAAUGGUGUACAAAUUACUGCCUCUUCCACCAAAGUUUGACUACCUGGUCUUCUCGAUGGCCUUUUGGAUGGAAGGACUUUUGUUUUUCUUCCAUCUGCACGGACGAGACGAGCUCAAUGUUCGCCUGCACACAAUACUCUACAUUCUUAUUUUCGUGUCAGGUGCUGUAUUUUUCUUGGCGGCUAUUUCUGAUCAAUUCUUCCAAAUUACCGGUUUCUUAAAAGCUUAUUUGUUAAGCUUACAAGGCAGUUGGUUUUUCCAAAUCGGAUUUGUCCUUUUUGGGCCGAAUCCAUGGAAGAAUGUUCCUUCUAAUGUAGAGUUUGUUGGGAUCGCGUUUGCUCUUCAUGCCAUCAUUCUACUUGUGAUGCACCUGAGUGGACACAUAAUUUGCUACCAAUGCUUUGUAAAACAGAAAAAGAGCAAUGAAAAAUUUCUGGAAGAAAUGUACGAAGAAGCACUGAUGUUGGAAGAACCUUAG